CAGUUGCUCAUUUUACAAACUCUGCUUUAUAUUUUGUUUUUAACUUCUAUCAGGCAGAGAAUUUGGCAAUGGGUAGUUCCGGAAAAAUAAAGACGCUGAUUCUUAGAGUGGUGUUCGUGAUUGCCCUGACAGCAAUCAUGUCAGCGGAAGCGCAAGACGUACCAACAUGCGCUUCCGCGCUCGUGCCAUGCGCGGUUUUUUUAAACGCAACAACGAAACCUCCAGCUUCGUGUUGCGACCCGCUUAAAGAUGCGGUUGCUAAUCAGCUUGAAUGCCUAUGUAAUUUGUAUAAUACGCCUGAUUUGUUAAACUCUUUGAAAAUAAAUGUUACACAGGCUCUUCGGCUUCCUACCUUGUGCGGUGUCCCUGAUAAUCUUUGUCAAUGUGGGAACAGAACUUCUCCCAAUGUUCCAGCAUCAGGAUCACCCAACUACAAUGAUAGCUCAUCCAAGAAUCACGCAGGAAGGUUAGCAUCUGCUGGUAUAUUUGGCGGCUUUUUGAUUUGGGCUAAUUUGACCUUAGUCUAAAGGCUCAUGAAAGAUGUAUCAAAAUGAAUGGACAGACUCAUGAAGAUCUGCAACUACUUUGUUUACUACUAUAUGGCAUGUGAUGGUCUCAAAAACAGCUCAGAGUUGCUCUCUCUUUCAAGACACAUGAAAACCUUCUCUGGUCGAGUGCCUUCAUUACUAUUUACCAUUGUCGGCAGAUUUUUAUUAGCAAUCCUAUGCUAAAUUCAGUAGUGUUCAAUAUUUAUGUUAUGUUUUGCUUCUGGAUAUAAAAUCUUCAUAAUGCAAAUAAAAUUUCUUCAGCAAUGUGUUCAGAAAAUGGGAGAUCAUGGGAUAUAUACGAUUUU